AUGUUUAUCGAGUCGAACACAUCGGCUUUUGCGACAACCCAGCCUCGGUCAGUGACCACGGCAGCUGCCAGUCUUCAUCAUCCAUGGCAGAGGUCUCUGACUCACUUGCAAUCGUUGCGUGGAGCCACCGCUGCAAUAAUGCGACUCAAGCGCAAAGGAGACUGGGAGCAGGCGUUGGUUCUACUCUUUAAAGCCAAGUUCCCGGACGUCAUUGUGUUCACCGCCGUGGCUAGCGUUUGUGCGAAAGCCACAGCCUGGACAUCAGCCGUCGCCCUGCUAGAGGAGCUGCGGUCAAGAAACUCAAGCACUCUGGACCGCGCAUUUUUGAACUCUGUCGGGGCAGCGUGUAGUUCCGCUGGUAGGUGGCAGUUUGCACUCUGGCUUUUGCUAGGUGCUCCGCAGUCUGCAGGCAUGAUGCCUUGUGUGGUUGCACACAGCACAGCAAUGACAGCUUGUGAGCGCGUGUCUUUAUGGGAAAGAGUGCUUGGGCUUCUCGCCGAGUCACAAGCAGGGGACCUUGCAGGAGCACAUGUAUACACACCCGCAAUUGUGGCCUGCGGAACGGUCUCUGCCUGGCAGCGCUCACUGCAUCUGUGGACCGAGCUGUGCCAGACUUCUGCGCAGAACACGAUCGCGCUGAACGCAACCCUGACGGCCUCAGAGCGGGCGGGGCAAUGGAUGCUGUGUCUGCAGCUUCUGAAAAAAUCCAUAGAGACGCCCCUUCCAAGUCCAAAGCCAGAUGGCAUCAGCUACAGUGCAGUCAUUACUGCCUGCUGCAAUGCACGCCGCUGGCCUCUGGCCGUGCAGUUGUUGGACCUGGCGAUGUUGGACUCUCUGACACCCAGCACUGGAGCAUUCAGCUGCCUGGCGAGGGCGCUGGGCCACGAUCGUUCCUGGCAGCAGGCUUUGCUGCUAUUGCAAACUCCACACUCGCAUGGGAACCCGUGGCAGCUCACGAUGGACCUGUGGUCGAGCGUGGCCUGGGCUCUGGAUGUUGCUGGUGUUGAGCUCCACCACCCUGCCUUUGACAUCGCUGCCUUGGGGCGCAAGCAGUUUGCUUUGCUCCAGUACGUGCAGCGGCGGGUGCAGCAAGGCGACCUGGAUGGAGUUCUCUCUGAGAUGGUCCGGUUCGCACGCCGCCGGGAGUGGCUGAAGAUUGCCGGCGGCAAUAAAGCCCGCCUGCUGGAGGCGGUUCUUCGUCCGGGUGACCGGGUUCUGGAGUUGGGAUGCUUCGUGGGAUUCUCGGCUCUACUGGUGGUCCAGCGACUCAGGAGGCUGGGUGGAGGCGGCUGUGUGAUUUCCUGCGAGCUGAAUGCUGCCAGCGCGCAUGUUGCACGCCGUAUCAUCGCAUGGGCCGGAGCUGAAGAGGAGGUAGAGGUGAAGAUUGGUUUCGCAGCCGACUGGAUAGAGACGGGCCUGCUGGGCAGUCCCGAUGUGGUUGUGUUGGACCACAGUGCCGCCCGCUAUCACGAGGAUCUCGUGGCCUUGGAGCCGGUCUUCACUCGAGGCACUCGAAUCCUUGCCGACAAUGUCUUGAGCCCGGGCGCGCCGUUGCUCCUGAGUGCUGUUGACGGCCGCUAUCAUGUGGCGGUCCAUGAGGUGGAGGAGUUCUUGCGCCGAAGCCGCAUGGACUGGGUUGUGGUAUGUGUCCCUUGCAGUGGGUCUUCCUGGAGUGGUGCAGCUUCCGCGGAGUUCCAGCAGCUCGCAGUCGAAGUCAACAGGCUCUGCUGGCGGAGCAGUUCAGCAUGUCGAGGUCAGCGCGUUCGAGGGGAGGAGUGGAUGCGAUUGCAGGAAUCUGCGCUGCCAGUGUUUCGCCGCUGGGCACGCGAGCGGCGGCUUCUGACCUGA